AUGGCUGAACUGACAAUAAUUGGAGAUAUUCAAGAAGGGAAAUAUUCUUUCAAUGCAACAUUGUUUAAUAUAACAAUCCUUGAGUGCAGUUCACUUGGAAAUCAAGCUUUUGCAUAUUGUCACAAUCUUAGGGAUAUCAAAAUUUCUAGUAACCUAACAAACAUUAGUACAUUCUCUUUUUUUUAUUGUGCUAGCCUCCUAAAUGUUGAAUUACCAAAUAGUGUCAAAGUCAUCGGAGAAUACGCAUUCGCUCAAUGUGAAAGUCUUGAAAAAAUAAAAUUUCCGGAUAAUUUAGAAGAAAUACAAAGCAAUGCAUUUUAUAUGAACAAUAUUAGUUCACUAAAAUUUGGUGAAAAACUUAAGAAAUUAGGAGACUAUUGUUUUUACCAAUGCGAAAAUUUAGAAGAUAUCAUAUUAUCCGAGGGAAUGGAACAUAUAGGAGAUCAUUCUUUUCAAUAUUGCAGUAAUUUAAUAACUUUUACUUGUAAUUCCAGCAAAAUCAAUACAAUUGGUGGUUAUACAUUUUAUCAUUGUAUGAAAUUAAGAGAAGUUCGCUUUUCAGAAACAAUUCAUGUAAUAUCAAAUCAUUGUUUUACUUGGUGCUCAAGUCUCAUUUAUUUAAAUAUAUUACAAUACAUUUCAAAAAUAGGAGAAUAUGCUUUGGCUGGUUGUAGUAAUCUCCAUCAUUUCGAGUUACCCGAAACGUUAGUUGAAAUUAGAGAAGGUGCCUUUUAUGAAUAUAACUUUGAAUCAAUUGUCAUACCAAGAAAUGUUGUUUCAAUAGGGGAUUUUGCAUUUGCUGAAUGUAAAAACCUAAAAUCAUUUACUUUUAAUAAUAAUCCAACUGAAUUGAAUUCUUCGAUUCUUGAAAAUUCAUUUCUUAAUACAAGUAUAAUUCUACCUCAAUCAAUAAUAAAAAUUUUUGCUAGAUGUUAUAUGAGUACUUCAAUAUAUGAAAUAACUUUACCACCGAAUUUGCAAUAUAUAGGAGAUAGUGUAUUUUAUAAUUGUUCACUUUUGAAAGGCAUCAUUUUUCCGCAAAGUAUUACAGAAAUUGGUUCAUUAUGUUUUUUUAACUGUUCAUUAAUAAAAGAAUUAAAAAUUUCAGCCAACAUUAGAGGUAUGCUAGCCUUUAAAGGAAUGGCAAGUUUAAGCAAAGUUGUAUUUAUGGAUGGAGUUGAAAUAAUAAAUGAAGAAGAAUUUGCUAAUUUAACAAAUCUUACAGAAGUUCAGCUUCCAACAACUUUAAGGGAAAUUAAAGAAAAGGCAUUUUUAAACACCAGUAUUAGAUCAAUCCAUAUACAUAAUUCAGUUACUGUCAUAGAGAAUCAUGCAUUUUUAUUUUGUAACUACCUCGAGGAAGUAAUAUUUCAUGAUGGAAUGACACAAUUAUCGAUUGGAAAUAAUACUUUCACUAAUUGCGAAUCACUAAAAAUAUUACAACUUCCAAAUAUCCCCAUUUCUUUUGGAUUAAAUGUAUUCAGUGGUGUGAGUAAGAUUGAAGAAAUUCACAUUUAUGCAUCAUACACAGGAAGAGAAAAAUGCCCAUUUUAUUGUAUGUCAAAUUUAAAGAGAGUUAUUCUUGAGACAGGAAUAGAUAGAUUAUACAAUCAAGAGUUUAAAUUUUGUACAAAUCUUCAAGAAAUUGAUUUCCCAGAGACAUUAAAAGUUAUUGAAGCAGAAGCAUUGUUUUACACGGGUAUAAUUUCAGUGAAUAUACCAGAUAAUGUUGUUGAGAUUCAAGAAAAAGCAUUUCAGAGAUGUUUAGCUAUAAAAGAAAUAGCAUUUGGAAGCAAACUAACAUAUUUAUCACAAUCUUGUUUCGAAGAUUCUUUUAAUUAUACUAUUGUUAAUUUACCUCCACAAAUUACAACUAUUGAAAUGGAUUGUUUUAAAAACGCAAGGAUGAUUUCUCUUACCCUUCCCGAAUCUCUUCAAACAAUUGAAACAGGCGCAUUCUAUAAUUGCAAAUAUUGGAAUUCAUCACUAAUUCUUCCAGUGAAUCUUUCUGAAAUUGGUGAUUCUACAUUUUCAAAUUGUGAGCUUAUUGAAGAAAUUUCAAUUCCAUCAAAUUGCGUGAUCAGAGGUGAAAAAUGCUUUUCUAAUAUGACAAAUGUAAAGAAAGUCAUAUUUCAAUCAGGAAUUGAAGUUAUUAAUAAUCAAGAAUUUGUAAAUUGUACGAAUCUUAAAGAAAUUGUAUUGCCAGAUACUCUUACUACAAUUAAAAAUUGUGCAUUUAUGAAUAGUGGAUUAGUAUCAGUUCAUUUUCCUAUUAAUUGUACAAAUAUUGAAUUUGCUGCAUUCAAAGACUGUUAUUCAUUGAAUGAAAUCGUUUUUAAUGACAAUAUCACAAAUUUACCUAAUAGUUGUUUUGAGAAUGCAAUCAGCCUGAAAUCGGUCAAUUUUCCCGGGAGAUUAGAAACAAUUGGAUAUAGUUGUUUUAAAAACAGUUCAUUGGAAACAGUAAACAUUCCUGAUUCUGUAAAACUCAUAGAAAUGUGGGCGUUUUAUAACUGUUCUUACUUGAAAUCUUAUAAUUGA